AUGAAUCUUCUAUAUGGCCGAAAGGAGACAGGAAAGAAACAGGAAUUAGCAGAUGAGUUUUUUGCCAAGCUUAGACUUAGUCUGGCACAAAGUGAAGCAUUUGUGCACCUCACCAAUGCCGAGUUUAUGCUUGACAACUCAAUCAUUGAUCCAAAUUUAGAAAAGCUGAAGAGAGAAAUAGUUACGACAGCUACAAAGCAAAGUUAUUGGGAUGAGUUAUACCCAGCAAGAUGGGCUAUACUGGAACGAUCGCUGAUGGAAUUUAAGGAAAGAAGACACACGGUUUUGGAGAAAAACGUUUUAGAAGACGCAAACAAGAACAUGCCUUUACCGAUAGAAACUUCAGAGGAAUUGGAACUUUUCCUGCGAUUUCAUCAUGAGGCAGGAUUCAUCUUGUACUUCAGUGAUGGUAACCUAAAGGACUUCAUACUUCUACAACCACAAUGGCUAGUUGAUGCGCUGAAAAGUUUAAUAACGGCAAGGAAAUUUUGCGCCAAGGACCAAGAGUUGUGUAUAUAUUGGUUUGAAUUCAGCAAUACAGGAAUUUUGAAAAGAGAUUUAAUAGAUGCAGUUUGGAGUGCUAGUAGUCCCUUCCACGAGCGUAAAGAUCUGAUUUUAGAAUUCAUGGAGAAAUUGGGAAUAAUUGCACGACCACGGCAAUGUGCAGGUCACAGAAAUGAUGAUGUGGAGUUCUACGUUGCCCCUUGUGUGUUGAAACAAACAGUGCCGGACAGUCUCAUCAUGUUUAAUUGUGGAGGAUGUAGGUCUACCACAAAAUUGUGUUUCACAACACCUUCAAGGAUAAUUCCAGUCCAAAUGUUCAACAAGCUGUUGGCAGAAUGCAUUACAAAAUGGCCGAUUUCAAAACAAAAUGGACAAUACCUUAUGUUUUGCGGAUGCGGAGUUUUCGAUUUGACAGACAUGCAUGAAAUAUACGUAUACUUAAGGGACAAUGUAAUACAAAUUUGGAUCAAUACGUACAGUGAGUUUACAGAACUUGAUAGGGAUUUAUGCUUAAAUGUGAGAGAUUACAUCACAGAAAGUUUAUGCCAGUCCGUCAGAGGUAGUUGUGAGAUAGAAACAUAUGUUGCUUGCCCUGAAUCGUUUCUCAAGGAAACACAGUGCAUGUGGAAAGUCGAAUAUUUGUCCGAGAAAAAAGAAAUUCGAUGCAGUGGUCAUGGACGUCGACAUGCUGUUCGCACAUCAGAAAUAUUGAAAUACUGGGUUCCAAAUAUUACUGAUAACGACAUUUUUACAGCUGCAUUCCUUAAACAAACACCGAAAGAAAAACAAUUAAGCAGGAUGGCACAGAAAAUUGGCAAAGAAUUUCGUUCACUUGGUUUCGAGCUUGGAAUGACUCGUGCAGAACUAGAUCACAUAGAUAUGGAUGAAAAGAAUCGUACACCUGUGGACAAAAUCACAGCUAUGCUAAGUCAUUGGUUGAAAAAGUCAGCAUGUGAUGCUACAUUUGAUGAAUUAUAUAGAGCAAUGAUUAAGACCGACAUUGAUCCGAACAAUGUUCUAACGGGACUUUAACAUGUUCGGAGCUGACAGACAAGUUUAGCUGACAAACAGUAAAUCUUCAAAGCGUAUAUGAAUAAUCUUCCAUGAAAUAUUCCCUAGUCUAUAAAAAUUGCUGUUGCUUUUGGUUUGUUUUAUGAAGCAUGGUCGCUAACUUAGAAAAGUGUAAGAGAAAGUUUUCUAUGGCUGACGUUUUACAGCAUAACUUGUAUUCGGCAAGACAGAGUUGAAAAUGUCAAGGAGUGAAAAUGACACUUACCAAUUUAAUAGUGUUAGUUAUUGCUAAAUAUAAUGUAACUACUGUGAAGAGAUUUCAUUUUUUUAAUUCGUCGUACUUUAAAGAUUGCCUUGGAGUCGUAAUUUUUGUCACAAUCUAAAGACAGAAAUAGUGGAAUUAAAUAUGUUACAACUUCCAGGGCUUUUAUCAAAUGAUAAUGAAAUUAUUCUUAGACAAUCUAGCAAAUUUUGAGUUAAUGGCACCUCAGCUGACAACUUUCGUUUAUUUUCAAACGUAACUUUUGUCCAGAUUUUCUAGUUUUGUUAUAUGAUGUGUUUAAUAUGAACAAUUGCUGUACUUUUUCAGUGUACGAUUAUUGCUAACAACACUUCUUUAAAAAUGUAAUCUAAUAUUGAUUUUGUUAAUUAUAUUACAUAAGCGCAUUGGCUGCAACCUAUUGUUUCUUUCUAUCUAUGCAAUUGUAUUAUAACUGAAUGUUUUAUAAAAUGGCAAUUUAUUUGUCAGUUUUGAUAGCUUUCCUACAUUAGGGGUGAUCAGUUUUAAUUUUGCCCUUCUCUUGCAUGUCGUACGUGCCUACUAUCAAGAGUCAAAUCGGUCGUGUAAUGGGAGUUUCGAGAUGCUGUUUUGUCAAAAGUUUUUACACCUGUUAAACACCCUCCGUAAAUAUUUGUAAUAUUGACAUCGGCCGAUGUUUUGAGUUUUUCACAAAUGCACAUGAGAUAACUUUAUAUUACUUUAUCAUAAAUGGCCCAUGUAUUUCAAAUAGCAAAACAGCUAAACAUUUGUAAACAUAAUUACAGCAUACCAUUAUUCUAUUUGUGUUAAGGGGAAAUUGUAUAAUAGGAUAUGACCAAAGACUAUGUGUGCAUGUUAAACUUAAAGCUAUAUGCUCAGGUGACAUUGAUAUUCUCUAGAAUGUGACUGGACAUUUAUUUGGGUCAUGUGGAAAUAGAUACAUUUCAAUGAAUCUGAUUUGAAAGGAAAGGAAACAGUGCAUCAUUUCUUUGUAGCAAAUAUUACAGUAUACAGUCUAUUAUAUGUUUGCUUGCUAGAAAUGUACAGAGUAGGUUUGGUUAGUCUGAAAUAUAUUGGAAUUUUGAGAAACAUUUUGUCUAAAGAAUUGUAAUGCAGACUACACAAGAGUUUUUCUUAUUCAUAUUAUAUUAAAUUACCUAUUCUUUUAAUUCGUGUUACUUUUAUAUUGAUGUAUAUCUGAUUUUUAACCAGUCCAUUGAAAGUUGAAUUAAUUGUAUAAUAUCCCGUAUGUAAAACAUUGUAAGACGCACAUAACAUUAAAAAUUCGAUAUAUUUAGCAAAAAGAUUAAGUUGAAAAGAUCUUUGGACAUGUAUUCAAAAUAUAUGUUGUAUUUGACGAGUACUGAAAUUUGUACGAAACUUAAUGUUUCGUGUACGUUUUCGGCAAAUGUUUUCGUUGCGCUGAUUAACUGGAAUUAUACUAUGUUGGUUAUUACUUAAUAGCACUUUUAUAACUAAAGUUGAAACCCGAUACCUCGAACUCACUUAUCCAAUAAGUCCGGCAUCUCGAAUAUAUUUCCAAGUCCCAUCCCAAAAUACGUGCACAAAAUAUCAUUUUAAGUCGACAUUCGGUUAUCUCGACCUAAAACGCCCGAUCCCUUGGAAUUUCUGAUACCGAAUUUCAACUGCAUUUACAUUUGUACUAUGAAGUUUUAACUGGAAGCACUACUUGUAUGUCUGUAUUAUAGAAACAUUUCAUUAAACUUCAUUUUUCUUACCUUCAUGCGAAGCAAAAGGCAAAAUUAAGGGCUUUAACAAAUUUUGCCUUAUAAUGUCAAAGGCGCAAUAAACCUUUGUCGCCUGUCGGGCUUCUUUAAACAUCGGAAACGUUCUGGCCACAUGUAAACAAAACAAUUCAUCGUUUACGUUUGUUUCACCUUUAUUAAGUAGGUUGUUCAGGACAAGCAGAUGACUCCUAUUGAUUUUGAGGUCAAUUGGUCAAAGGUCAGGGUCACAGUUACUCGGAACAAUUAAACCGAUUCCGGACGAUAACUUGAGAACGCUUGUGCCUAGAAACAGGAAACAAUAUAGGAGGUUGAUCAUGUCCAGUAGAUUACCUCUAUUGAAGUUGAGGUCAGUAGGUCAAAGGUCGAGGUCACAUUGACCCAAAACAGUAGAACUUUUUUGCCAAAUAACUGGUAAAUUAUCCAACAUUAUUGAUUUGAGAUCAUUACGUCAAAUGUUCAGUGCACAGUGACCUAAUUAUUUCUGUUCCUUGUGAAGUUUCUGAAGAGGGGUGAGGGGGAGGCAUUUCGUGUUCUACGAGCUCUUGUUUAUUUUGAUAUUAGGCGUAUAAAAAAUUAGUGCCUUGUUGUUGUUGGUGCUAUUGUAGUUGAUUGUCCAAGUAAAAUACAUUUGUCUAAUUUGUAUAGAUAAUCGAAUUAAAGUCAGAAAAUAUGAAGUAAAACCCUUAUCAGAGGCGGAAACAGUGUAGUUCUUUGUGUUAUAAUAUUUGAACUUUACAUUGGAUAUAUAAUAAUGGCAUUAUGUAUUGUACAUUCUAUUCAUUUCAUUAUUAUUAUGCCCAACUUUGAAAAGAAGGUAUAUUGUUUUGCAGAUGUCUGCCGGUCGGUAUGUCGGUUGGUCGGUAUGUAGACCAGUCCGUUUUCGUAUGAUUUCUCAAGAACAUUUUGGCCAAGGAUCAUGAAAGUUGAUAGGGAGGUUGAUCAUGACAAGCAGAUGACUCCUAUUAUUUUUGAGACCAAUGGGUCAAAGGUCAAUGUCACUUUGACUCGGAACAAUUAAACCGUUUCCGGACGAUAACUUUAGAACGCUUGGGCCUAGGAUUAGGUAAUCUAUCAGGAGGUUGAUCAUGACCAGCAGAUGACCCCUAUUGGUUUUGAGGUCAUUUAUUUCAAGGUCAAGGUCACACUGACCCGGAACAGUAGAACUUUUUGCCAGAUAACUUAAAUAAGAGAAUACUUUUGUCUAAAAUCACAUUUGAUACGGAGGUCACUUAUGAUUGGUAAAUUAUCCAUAAUUAUGUCUCCCACACCACUGUGUGGCGGGAGAAUUAUUGAUUUACUCCUGUCUGUCUGUCUGUCCAUCUGUCACAAAUCUUUUCCGCACUCUUAAGUCCAACAUUGCUCAUCCGAUCUUAAGUUAUUCUUAACCAAACUUGAAUAAAAUGUGUUUGCCAAUAAGUCCUCGGCCAGGUUCGAUAACUAGCCAAAUCGGCCCAGGCACUACGGACUUGUGACCCUUGAAUUACCGAAAAACGCUCAGGUCUUGGGACACAUAAAGGACCUCUAAUGUAAUAAUAAUUUGUAGUAUGAGUCCUUUUAGCCCCACUUUUCUGCGCUCCAAGUCCGAUCUUCACCAAACUUUAACAAAAUGUGUUUGCCAAUAAGUCCUAGGCCCAAGUUUGAUAACUAGUCAAAUCGGCCCAUGAAUUACCGAAAAUCGGGUCUUUGGGCUAAUAAGACCUUUUUACUACUAAUCAUGAGUAGUAUAUAAGUCCUUUUAGACCCAAGACUAAUCAUGUCAGAUGAUUAAGCUUUUGAGGUCCUGUUGCAUGGUUGACUCAUAUACUACUGUUUAGAUAAUUGAGUAAUUGUGGGAGACAUGCGCUUUUCUCAAAAGCAGCUCUAUGUAUUGAUCUGAGAUCAGUAUGUCAAACGACCAGUGCGCAGUGACCCAAUCAUUUCUGUACCUUGUGCAGUUUCUGAAUGCAUCAAGGGGGGGGGGAGCAUUUCGUGUUCUACGAGCUCUUGUUUAUUUUGAUAUUAGGCGUAUAAGAAAUUUAGUGCCAUGUUUUUGUUGAUGAUGCUAUUGUAGUUGAUUGUACGAGUGAAACACAUUUGUCUAAUUUGUAUAGGUAAUCGAAUAUUAGUCAGAAAAUAUGAAGUAAAACCCUUAUCAUCCUAAUGGGCCCCAGGGAUAUUAUUUUUAUACACGUAUUUUUAUAUAUUGUACAAUGUUUUUCAGACGUAAUUUAUCGAAUAUGUUUUGAAUGAGAGGUGGAAACAAUGUAGCUCUAUGUGUUAUAACAUUUGAAUUUUCCAUUGGAUAUAUAAAAAUGGCAUGAUGCAUUGUAAAUUCUAUUCAUUAUCAUUAUUAUUAUGCCCCACUACGAAAAAGGAGGGGUAUAUUGUUUUGCAGUUUGCCGGUCGGACGGUCGAUAUGUCGGUUGGUCGGUAUGUAGACUAAUCCGUUUCCGGAUGAUUACUCAAAAAUGCUUACGCCUAGGAUCAUUAAAGUUUAUAGGGAAGUUGAUCAUGACAAGCAGAUAAUCCUUAUUGAUUUGGAGAUCAGUUGGUCAAAGGUCAAGGGCACUUUGACCCAACACAAUUAAAUAAUUUCCAGACGAUAACUCGAGAACGCUUUGGCCUAGAAUCAUAAAAGCUGAAGGAGUGGUUGAUCUUGACCAGCAGAUGACCCCUAUUUAUUUUUAGGUCCCCUGAUCAUUCUGAGUUUAGUAGGUCAAAUGUCAGAACAGUUAAACCGCUUCCGGACGGUAACAUGAGAAUGCUUGGGCCUAGGAUCAUGAAAGGAGGUUGAUUAAGGUCAUAAUGACCCGGAACAAUUAAACUGUUACUGGACGAUAACUUUAGAACACAUGGGCCUAAGAUCAGGAAACUUAAAAGGGAGGUUGAUCAUGACCAACAGAUGACCACUAUUGAUUUUGAGGUCAGUAGGUGAAAGGUCACAUUGACCCAGAACAGUAGAACUACUUUUGCUAAAUACCUAAAGAAUACUUUGGUCUAAGAUCACAUUUGAUACGGAGGUCACUUAAGAUUGGUAAAUGACCCUGAAUUAUUUAUUUGAGGUCAGUAUGUCAAACACCCAGUACACAGUGACUUAAUCAUUUUUGUUCCUUGUGCAGUUUCUGAAUGCUUCAAGGGGGCAUUUUGUGUUCUGCGAGCUCUUGUUUAUUUUGAUAUUAGGCGUAUCAGAAAUUUCAUGCCAUGCUGUUGUUGUUAAUGCUAUUGUAGUCGAUUGUACGAGUUAUACAGCUUUGGCUAAUUGUUGUAGGUAAUCAAAUAAAAAUUGGAAAAUGUGAAGUAAAACCCUUAACCUAAUGGACCCCAUGGAUAUUAUUUUUAUACACGUAUUUUAUAUCACAUACAAUGGUAUUUUUUCAGACAUUGUUAGUUUAUCGAAUAUGUUUUUAAUCAGAGGCGAAAACAGUGUAGCUCUUUGAGUUAUAAUAUGUGAAUUUUCAGUGGCUAUAUUAUAAAUAGCAUUAUGCAUUGUAAA